AUGCGAUCUUAUACACGAGUUCUUGGCCUCCUAGCCAGUAUCAGCAUCUGCAACGCCAGCAUAAGUGCUGUUAGGUCAAUCGAUGAUGACUUGAAGAAGCUACUCUCAUCAGGCGCAACUAUCUCCUACGAUGCCUCCACAGUGCCACGCUGGAGCGAGUUUCAUGCUCCGCAGCCUGGUACUAUCGUAUCGGUCGCAACCGAAGCUGACGUGGAGGUGACUGCUCAACACUGCCUCGAGAAUAAUAUCCCUUUCUUCGCUCAGAAUGGAGGCCACGGCUGGAGUAGCUCGUGGCACCUAGGCGAAAACGGUCUUAUGAUCAACCUCCGUGGCCUCAACACCGUUGUCUUUAACGACAAUAAAACACAAGCGCGUAUUGGAGGAGGAGCGAGCAUACAAGAAGUUAUCGACGCAGCAUAUAAUAAUGAUGCCCAAGUUUUUACGGGCAACUGUAACUGCGUUGGGUAUCUCGGCGCGGGUCUUGGAGGGGGGUACGGUAACUUGAUGGGCCUCUAUGGCUUCAGUGUCGAUAAUUACCUCUCCAUAAACGUCGUGUUAGCAAACGGGAGCCUCGUUACGGUGAACCCCGAGAAUGAAGACCUUUGGUGGGCUCUCCGCGGUGCGGCCCCCAACUUCGGUGUUGUCACUUCUAUCGUAAGUAAGACGACGCCCCUACCGCGGGAACAGAACAUAGCUUGGCUAGGUGGAUUAUACUUCACUGAAGAUAAAGUCGAGCAGAUCGCGCAGUGUAUCGAAGAUCUGAAGCUGGAGGCAUAUAUGAACAUCUUCCUGUACUUCGUAACGACAGGGGCUCCGGACUAUACGCCGACGGUGCUCGUAACGGUCUUCUACUAUGGCACGGAGGCGGACGGCCGUGCAGCAUUUAAACCAAUUUUGGACAUUGGGCCCUACAAGGAUACGACGGCAGUGCUGCCGCAGAACCAGUGGAAUGAGGGGGCAGAUGGCUUCUGUGUCAAGGGAGCGCGAAAGCCUACGUACGCCGCCGGCUUUAGCCACAUGGUCCCAUCGACCUGGCGUCAGGUCUGGACCGCAUUCACAGACUUUCUCAAAAAUCCUGACACGGGCUCUACUUCCGUCGUCGUUGAGUGCUACUCGCUUGAUAAGGCGCGGUCGAUCGCUUCGGACUCGGCAUCGUUUCCGAAUCGCGACGUCCGCUUUAACGGCUUUGUCAUCGCUUGGUACCCGGACCCGGCCCUCGAUAAUACGGCUGAGGCGUUCGGCUCUAGGCUACGUGACUUAUGGCGGGCGGAUAGUGAGCUACCGACCAACCGCACAUACGUCAAUUUCGCUUACGGAGAUGAAACCAACGAUAUCGUUUACCAUGAUAGCACAACUAGACUUCGGCAGCUCAAAAAGCAAUAUGACCCCAACAACAUAUUUAAUCAGUGGUUCGACCUGCAGUAA